GGUUGGAACUUGGGCGACGUCUGCUCCCUUAAAGGAACGGCGGCGAGCCGUAGGCCAGUGUAAGUGCGGGGCUGUGAGGGCAAGCAGCGUUAAGUGAGGACAGGUUUUUAAAAACCGUCCGGGAGUAAAGAUGACCCUGGAGGAAUUCAACGGCCUGGAGGCGAACCAAGCGGAAAGCAUCGAGAGGAUGCAAGUUGCUGGCAAAGCCCUGGAAGAAUUGCUGAGCUCCGCGCAACGUCAGCACUGCCUGACCGUUGGAGUCUACGAGUCUGCAAAGGUCAUGAAUGUUGACCCGGACAGUGUGGUACUCUGCCUUCUGGCCACUGACGAGGAGGACGAAGGUGACGUUGCUCUGCAAAUCCACUUCACUUUAAUUCAAGCAUUUUGCUGCGACAAUGACAUUAACAUCGUGAGAGUAAAUGACGUACAGAGACUAGCGGAGAUUGUCAACUGCACUCCCGACAACGAGGAACCCAGGGAUAUGCAUUGCAUUUUAGUCACGAGCACUAACAGAGGUUCUGAUGGUCACUGCAAAUUUACCAAUACAACUCAGGUAACAAUCGGUCAACAUGCACAGAGAGAGCCUUGGUUGAAGCAACAGCAGAAAAGAGAAUUUGUGGAAUGUGAAGAAGGAAGCUAUCCUUUCUUUUUAGGUUGUCAUUUCUCUGCUCUGCUAUUUGGUGUAUUGGACCUGUUUAUUGAGAUGAUCAAAACCUUCUAUUAUUAAUACAGAACUGUUACAUACAAAACCACACUCUAAACAUUGUUAGCAAUUUAAGGCAUUCUAUUAUUUUUCAUAUUUCGGUCAUUUUUAAUAAAUGCAUGCUUUUCAAAAAAGUUCAUGUUGGGAAGUAAUGGCUAUAAAGGAUGAAUAAUGCAAUUUCAUUACUAUGAUAUGCUGUUAAGUUUAACCAGAAAAAUUUCGAACUUAGAAAUGUGCUGUUUCAUUUAUCCACAGUCAUAUUGAACAGUGGUAUAAAUCAUAUAAAAAAUAAAAUUCAAUUUUUAUUAUUGUGUAGUUUGUCAUCAGGGUGAAAAUUCAAGGUGAGAUCUUCUCUCUCUUCAAACUAAUGAAAACUUGCCAAAUACUUUUGAGUGCUGUUUGUUCCCCUUUGAAGGAAUUAGAACACAGGAGAAAAUAUUAUAUUUUAACUUAAUUUGUACAUGUUUCAUUGGUCGGUUUUGUU